GGAAGAAGUAAGUGACGUAUUAAACCAGAUGAAAUUAAAUUUUACAUCUAUUCACUCAGAAUCCUGAUGAGUUAUCCACAGGAAGAGGUAGAAGAUGGUGAAUUUCACAGAGAAUGCAACUGAGAAGUGCACUAUUAAUCAUGAUAUCCACCAGAUGUUAUCUCCUGUGGUGUACAUAUUUGUAUUCAUAGUAGGCUUGCCAGCUAACUGCCUGUCACUCUACUAUGGGUAUUUACAGAUCAAGGCUAAAAAUGAAUUGGGUAUCUACCUUUGCAAUUUGACCAUCGCAGACCUGCUCUACAUAUUUUCUUUGCCUUUUUGGCUUCAGUAUGUUCUACAGCAUGACAAUUGGACCUAUGAUGAGCUGCUGUGCAAGAUUUGCGGCAUCAUCUUGUAUGAGAAUAUCUAUAUCAGUGUUGGCUUCCUCUGUUGCAUCUCCAUUGACCGCUAUCUCGCAGUAGUGCACCCUUUUCGGUUUCAGCAGUUUCGGACAAUUAAGGCUGCUGUGAUUGUGAGCAUCAUUAUCUGGACCAAGGAAAUCAUGACAUGCUGCUUUGUCUUUACACAUGGGGAGGUCAGUAUGGAUGCUGAUAGCCAUGUGGUGUGCUUUGAGCAUUACCCCAUCAAAGAAUGGGAGCAUAAUGUCAAUUACUACCGCUUCUCUGCUGGCUUCCUUUUCCCCUUCUUCCUGCUGGCCUUCUCUUACUGUGGGAUUUUACGAGUUGUCCACAAGAGUCCCGGAACUCAAAAGAAAAAGAAAAUCCAAAUUAAACGCCUGGUUUCAAGCACUGUUUUCAUUUUUUUAGUUUGCUUUGGACCAUACCACAUCCUCCUUGUGGUUCGAAGUUUGCUGGAGAACAGCUGCUCAUUUGCUGAGAAAAUAUUCAAUAUUUACCAUGUUUCCCUCCUGUUGACUACUUUUAACUGUAUUGCUGAUCCAGUAUUGUACUGUUUUUCCAGUGAAAGCACUUACCAGAACUUUGCCAAGAUGCGAGACUCGUGUUUAACAUGUUUAGGGUAUCUGAAGCCUGAGGCAAAGGAAUCCUAUCAAUUGAACACUUCAGAACCUCCCAACAGGCUACAGCAUGAGCAACGGCCAGGGUUAUUACAAGUAUCAUCUGAUGGUGCUGAAAUCAGGGACUCCUCCACAACUAACAUGGGCAGCCUAUAGCAGUCAUCAAAAAAGAACAUUAAUCUAAAAUUUGCAUCUAUGGCCAUGUGAGUGUAUCCAUCUGAGUCAUCCAUGUACUACAGUGUUACCUCCCAGAGGCUUAUUAGAAAUGCAGUACAGCAAGGUUGUUUCUGGAUAUGCCUAGGCCUUGGCAAUAGUGAGGAAAGCACGCACUGGGUCAGUUCAGUUCCAGUCAUGUUUUUGUUGUCCUUGUGGCACCACUCAAAAACUGUUGUUCUGAUGACUCCAUUGACUGGAAUAAGCUAGUACUCAUGGUAUGUGUUCUGUUGAAUUUGUCUUUAGCUGCUUUCUGUUUGCCCUUGCAGCAUCUAGAGAAAAUAAUUCUCUAUAAGCUGUCAUUGUAUGUUGAGAAGGCUGGAGACAGAACAAAUUAAAUGUCCCCAUACGUACUUUUAAAAAGAAAAAAAAAAGUAUUUCUGUAACUCUGAAAUAACUUCUCCUUCAGCUGGUUGUGAGGCCUGCAAAGACUGUGCCAGAAGCAGCCUCCUAAACUUGCCAGUCUAAUAAUAUGAGAUGUUCUGGGAGAAGACGCCCCGCAUCUGUUGAGUCCUUUAGUCUGUUGGUUGACUGUUGA